ACUUAAAAGGAGCGAUUUGAAAAGUAGAGAGAGAGAUUGGUCGGCAUUAUUCUUCUGAAUUGUAUAAAAGGAGAAGUCUUCCUCUGCUUCAACAGGGUCCCAUCGUCUCACAACCGAAGGCUUCCACCAUCUCAGUGAAGAAGGUAAGAGCUCUGAUAGUUACUGAAAUAUAAUGUAACGCUGUUUCGUCAAUAUAAGGCAAACAUAUCUUUAAAAACCUAAACAUUUCAUCUGUUUAAUAUAAAGUCAGUGAAUGCAUUCAGCCAAUUACCCACUUUUUUCAUAUAACUGUUCAAUCCUUGUGGAAACAGAAAUCUAAAACUGGGGGUUUAUUUAUGAUAUUCAAUCUCAUACAAGCCGAAGAUCUAAAGGAGCCGACUCUAGUGUGUUUAGGACUUUUUACUCCGUCCCUCAUCUCUUCCUCAUCUCUUCCUCAUCUUUUUCUCUAUACAUCAGUGUCCUGCUCUGCUGCAAACAUGAGGAACCUGAUCUCUGUGGCUGUGAUCCUUCAUGUGGCAUUCACAGUAGCAGGCCUACAACUCAAAGGAAAAGAAGUGGAGUUUGGAGACAUGAUUGCUUAUAAACCUCAGUGUGCAAAGUCUUUAGAUAUUACAUAUCAGCAUUAUGCUAUUUUCGUGGGGGACGAAUAUCCUGGCCAAGGCAACACAUUUGAACGCACGUACGUGCACCAUCAAAUGGUAGACACCAACCCAUCCUGCAUUUUCUCGCCAAUCAAUAUGUCUAGAGAUCCUAAAGUUUUCAAUUACCUCGACGGAUAUGUGGACGAAAAGGGAAAGGCAUUCACCAAAGGCAAUGAAGCUGAAAUGAAGGCCCGCAUCGAAGAGACACAUGAUCAUUGUGGAGAGUAUGAUGCUAUCUGCAACAACUGUGAACACCUUGCUACCUAUGUGCGUUACGGAAAGAAGAUAUCAAUACAGUUCAACAUGACUGGUGGAAAGAUGCUGUGCAAAAUACGGCCAAAGGCUGAAGACAUGUGGAAGUUCGUGAAAAAACUCUACCCCGCCUCAUCAGUCAACCCAGUGGGAUCGACUUCCUUAUAUCUUAUUGCUCUUUUCUUAGCCGAUAUGAGUUUUUGAAAAUGAAAAAAUGAGCAAGUACUCUGGGUCUAGUACUGCUUCUGUUGAUAAGGUAUGGAUAUGAGAAGUACAUAUUGGGCUUCAAAUAAAUGAGCAGGAUAUUUUAGCACUGAGUAUUCACCAGAAUCAUCACAGUUAUACAUCAGAGAUACAUAUACAACGUGGUAAAUGUUAACAAAAUACUUGAUAUGGUCUGAUUUAAAGUCAAUUAUAGCAUAAAGUACUGUGUGCAUUAGUGUGUGGAUAUCAUGUAACAGGUAGUGUCAUCACAUGGGUCCAGGUGGAAGGUGGAGGUGGGCGUGGAGUCGAUCAGGCUCCACCCCCUCCAAAUAUGGUUACUCUUGAUUUUAAAAAGAUGGCGCCGGACAAACCCGACCACCUUCUGCUUUAGACCUGGUAGAGUCCAAAGUUCAGGUCUGAUAGAUUUCAAAGUGACAUUUCUCUUUUAUUUUUUGGCUCAACUAUCCCUUUAAGGACAGAGUAUCUGAAUCUGCAUCUACUUAUUGUCAGUGGUUGUUGUUUGUAAUUAAAUAAAAUAAAAUCUUGUUCUUCUCAUUA